AUGUCGCAUCACGCUCCCACGUCGCGACCCAAGCCUCCGCCGCCCGGCAGCGAGGAGGCCUCUUCAAUCCUCAACCUCGGCGAAUUCCAGAACGUCGACACUUUGACCCUUUCCGAAGCUUCGCUCGUCAUUAAUGCGCUCGUGACCAAGAGGAAGAUGGACCGCAAGAACAUCAACGAGACCGAGAUGUUGACCCAGACCCUCAACUACCUCGAUGCCUUUUCUCGUUUUCGCCAGAAGGAGAACGUCGAGGCCGUCGAGCGAUUGCUCAGUGCCCACAAGCAGCUGGCAAAGUUUGAGCGGGCGCAAAUAGGCUCCCUCUGCUGCGAGACCGCUGAGGAGGCGAAGACCCUUAUCCCGUCUCUCCAGGAUAAGAUCAGCGACGAUGACCUGCAAAUACUCCUCGAUGAGAUUAGCAAGCUCCAGAGCAGAUGA